AUUUAAUUUAUGAUUCUCUACUAACUUAAGCUCAUAUUUUUGAAACAGUAGUGGAAGUAUGUGAAAUCCAUUUGUAGUUAGAACUAAAGAAAUCUGGAAAAGACAAAAGCAACCCUCCCUUCCCCGACACAUCGCAUCGGUUCUCCACAGCUGUCUACAACUCUCCCCGUCGGAAAUUAAAUCACACCCACACUUAACAACGCCAUUUUCAUCAGAGAAAUCUAAAUAUCUCGCCCCCCCACCCCAAUUCCUAGGGUUCUCUCUCAACUCCUUGCUUUCCAAUUACGUAUUGUUAGUGAUUUGAAGCUAGUCCGGAUCGGGUAACGAACCGGAAGAUGAUAGACAAUUGCUUGGGAGCUCAAAGAUCUAGAAAGAUCCAGAGAGCUCUCCGUCAUUGCAAGGUCACCAUCCUCUGCCUCGUCCUCACCCUCGUCGUCCUACGUGGCACUAUCGGAGCCGGUAAAUUCGGGACUCCGGGCCAGGACCUCGCCGAGAUCCGCGACCACCUCUAUUCCCGGAAACGUGGCGAGCCGCAUCGCGUCCUCGAAGAAGUCCAAACGAUUUCCUUAGAUAAACACGACGGCGCCGACACCAACGCCGGCACCAAUAACUACAACGAGUUCGACAUAAAUAAGGUCUUAAUUGAUGAGGAACCAGACGUCCCGAAACGCGAUCCCAACGCGCCCUAUUCGCUCGGGCCCAGAAUCUCCGAUUGGGACGAGCAACGCUCUAGAUGGCUUCAAGAAAACCCUAAUUACCCGAAUUUCAUCGGUCCAAACAAGCCGAGGGUUCUCUUAGUCACUGGUUCAUCUCCCAAACCUUGUGAGAACCCUGUCGGUGAUCAUUACUUAUUGAAAUCGAUCAAGAACAAGAUCGAUUAUUGUAGAUUACACGGGAUCGAGAUAUUUUACAACAUGGCGCUGUUGGAUGCUGAAAUGGCAGGGUUUUGGGCGAAAUUACCGUUGAUUCGAAAGCUUUUGCUCUCGCAUCCGGAGGUGGAAUUCUUGUGGUGGAUGGAUAGUGACGCCAUGUUUACUGAUAUGGCAUUUGAGGUUCCUUGGGAAAGGUAUAAAGACUCCAACUUUGUUAUGCACGGUUGGAAUGAAAUGGUUUAUGAUCAGAAGAAUUGGAUUGGGCUAAACACUGGGAGUUUUUUGUUGAGGAAUGGGCAAUGGGCACUUGACAUUCUUGAUGCUUGGGCUCCAAUGGGUCCUAAAGGCAAGAUUAGGGAAGAAGCAGGGAAGGUUUUGACCCGGGAGCUUAAGAAUAGACCCGUUUUCGAAGCCGAUGAUCAGUCUGCAAUGGUGUAUUUGUUGGCUACUCAAAGGGAGAAGUGGGGUGAUAAGGUUUACUUAGAGAAUUCUUAUUAUUUGCACGGUUAUUGGGGGAUCUUGGUUGAUAGAUAUGAGGAAAUGAUUGAGAAUUAUCACCCAGGUUUAGGGGAUCAUCGUUGGCCGUUGGUGACCCACUUUGUGGGGUGCAAACCUUGUGGUAAGUUUGGGGAUUACUCGGUGGAGAGGUGCUUGAAGCAGAUGGAUAGAGCAUUCAAUUUUGGGGAUAAUCAGAUUCUUCAGAUUUAUGGGUUCACUCACAAGUCAUUGGCUAGUAGAAGGGUUAAGAGAGUACGAAAUGAGACGGGUAAUCCGCUUGAGGUGAAAGAUGAGCUUGGACUGCUUCAUCCGGCUUUUAAAGCCGUUAAGGUAAGGGCGUUCAGAGAUGAAUCAUGAAAUUUGGGGACUCAAAAUAUAAUUUUACCAAUUAUAUUAAUUUGUAAUUUCGUAAAUUUGUAAAGGAUUAAAAAAUAUAUUUACCAUUUUGGGGGCAAGGUUACAACCUUCCCCUGUAUCUAUGCGUUGGUUUCAGGGUGUUGCAGUAAGUCCAUCGCCAAAAAGAGCGAGGGACUCAACCCAAACUCUUAUCCAUCAUGUUUUUGCUUUACCCUAAUGCUUGCUCCUCAAGGUUAUCGACAUAAAUCUCCCUCUCUUUGCUUUCAUGUUGAUCUAUGUGUAGAAGGGGGAAUUGCUCGUCGCCUUCCUAGGUUAGGAUUAAGGUUUUUAGUAUCUUUUAUGUUCGUUUUUAUAGUUUAUGUUUGAGGUUUAUGAUUAUAUUUUUUAUAAUGUUGUUUCCAAUAUUUCAACAA